UGGUUACAGGCGUGGGGGAGGGGUGGGGUUGAGAGGAAGCGGAAGUGUCAGAGCAGGCGGAAGUGGUACUGCCCUGAAUCCCCGGAGCAGCAGGACGGCUCGAGCACUCACAUCAUCCCCGAGAAUAAAUAGCAGGAUCUCUCCCAGCGCACUCUAAAAUCCUAGCGAUGGAUAAGAACGACCAGGUCCAGAAGGCUAAGCUCGCGGAGCAGGCCGAGCGUUACGACGACAUGACGGCGGCCAUGAAGGCUGUGACAGAGCAGGGGGUGGAGCUGAGCAACGAAGAGCGCAACCUGCUGUCCGUCGCCUACAAGAACGUGGUGGGGGCGCGCCGUUCAUCCUGGCGGGUCAUCUCCAGCAUCGAGCAGAAGACGGAGGGCAACGAGAAGAAGCAGCAGAUGGCCCGCGAGUACCGCGAGAAGAUCGAGGCGGAGCUGGAGGAGAUCUGCAAGGAUGUGCUGAACCUGCUGGAUAAGUUCCUCAUCGCCAAUGCCACCCAGGCGGAGAGCAAGGUGUUUUACCUCAAGAUGAAAGGAGACUACUUCAGAUACCUGUCAGAGGUCGCCUCCGGAGCAAGCAAGAAAACCACGGUGGACAACUCCCAGGAGGCCUACCAGGACGCGUUUGACAUCAGCAAGAAGGACAUGCAGCCCACGCACCCCAUCCGCCUGGGUCUGGCCCUCAACUUCUCCGUCUUCUACUACGAAAUCCUUAACUCCCCAGACAAGGCCUGCCAACUGGCCAAGCAGGCGUUUGACGAGGCGAUCGCUGAGCUCGACACCUUAAACGAAGACUCCUACAAAGACAGCACCCUGAUCAUGCAGUUACUAAGGGACAACCUGACUCUGUGGACAUCAGAACAUCAGUGCGACGAGCCUGAAGUCGGCGAGGGGGAGAACUAAAGCGCUCGCCCCGUCCCCCCCCGUCCCGUCCCCCGUCCUCCCCGCUCCCUCCGCCUCCACACCUCCUCCCUCCCUCCCCCUCCCUCCCCCCUUCAUCUCAAACACACAUGCUGUGUCUCCACCGCUGCCUUCUGUAUAACCCGGCGGCAUGAGGUGUGCUCUAACCCGCACCACCUGGUAGACACCAAACCCUAACAUGAAUAACUCCAUCCCCUGAGGUGUGGUCACCCCACGGGGAGGGUCCCAGAUACAAAACGACGUACAGAACAAACAGAUGUAAUUAAUGGUGGAAGUUGUAUUUUAUUUUUCUCGUCUGCCCCCCCCCCCCCCCCCCCCCCCACAAUCCACUAAGUAUAUAAAAUCACAUUACUGGUCAUAUAAUCCCCACCUCUCACCCCCUCUCCCCCCCCCCUCCCUUUCUGUCUAGACGAUUAAUGCAUUCAUAUAGUUUCUCCCUUUGACAGCUUCUUAGUGUACUGGCAAAAUGGCUGGUUUUAUUCCACUCUAAACAAACAAAGGUUAUUAAACUGUCCGUUUAUUUUGAACAAACAACUGUGACGUUUAGUUAUUCCUGCGCGGGACACCGGGCCCGGCGAGGGGGGAAGCAAUCUCCCCCACAGAAGGGAAGACGGUCUGUUUUCGAUUUGUCUGGGACCGAGACGUGGUGCUGAGGUUUAUACAGAAGGCUCAUCCAAGGCAGUAUUGCGACACUGACUAAAGUAUAGAAAAUUGCCUAGUCAAUAAACACUGUCUCCUCAAAUAUCAA